AUGGGCUGCAGCGCCGGCGUGGUCGCGCUUGACCUGGCGCGCCAGAUGCUGCAGCUGCACCCCGGCUCCUACGCGCUCAUCGUGUCCCACGAAAACAUCAGCAACAACUACUACCUGGGCAGCGACAAGUCCAUGCUCAUCCCCAACACCCUCUUCCGCUCCAACGGCGCCGCCAUCCUGCUGUCCAGCCGCCCCGCUGACGCCUCAAAGUCGAAGUACACGAUCAGGCACGUCGUGCGCACGAUCAUGGCCGCCGACGACGAGGCGUACGGCUGCAUCUGGCAGACGGACGACGCCGAGAAGAAGCAGGGCGUGGCCUUGAAAAAGGAGCUGAUCGGCGUCGCCGGCCGCGCGCUCGCGCGCAACAUGGGCCGCCUCGGGCCGCUCGUGCUGCCGGUUUCCGAGCAGGCCAAGUACGCCGGCAGCGCGCUGCUGCGCGCCGCGCUCAAGGCAGCCCCGGCGGGCGCCCGCGCGCUGGUCCCAGACGCGUGGCGCCGGCCCUACACCCCUGCGUUUUCUAAGGCGUUCGACGCGGUGUGCAUUCACACCGGGGGCCGCGGCGUGAUUGACUCGAUGCAGGACAACUUGGGGAUGGGCAAGGCCAUGGUCGAGGCCAGCCGCGCCGCGCUCUACGAGUUCGGCAACACCAGCAGCUGCAGCGUGUGGUACGAGCUGGCUUACGCCGAGUCCUUCAACGGCGGCCUCCGCCGCGGCGCGCGCGUCUGGCAGAUCGCCUUCGGCAGCGGCUUCAAGUGCAACAGCGCCGUGCUGACCGCCAACCGGCACGUGAAGGACGCGCACGCGGCGUGGCGCGCGUUUGACCGGUCAAAGAUGUACGCGCAGCUCGCGGAGAUCGACCGCGAGGUCGCCGCGUCCAAGGCGCAGCGCGCGGCGGACAAGGCGAAGGCGGCCUCGGCCUCUGCCGCCAGCGCCCGGCAGCACUGA